UUUCCAAUGUAAACUCAUUUUCCCUCGGUUUCAGCAAUUUUAAAUCUAUAUAUAGAGAUAUCUUUGUCAGCAUUGCAUCGUUAGCUUCUCCUGAUAAACUAAUUGUCUCACAUCAUCACUGCAAAUCGACACCUAUUAAUGGGUCUCACCUCCCAACUGCUUCCCCCUCUGUUCUUCCUGCUAGCAUGUGCCGGCAACUUUGUCCACGGACACAAGUGCGAUAUCACCUUACAGGAGAUCAUCAAAACUUUGAACAGCCUCACAGAGCAGAAGACUCUGUGCACCAAGUUGACCGUAACGGACAUCUUUGCUGCCUCCAAGCAGCAUGCAUGUCUGCCCACCUCCAGACACACAGGCACCAUCUGCCGCCCCCCAUCAGCCCGUGUCCCUUCCACCUCGACUCGCCUACAAAGCCCAGAGAGAACACAACUGAGAAGGAAACCUUCUGCAGGGCUGCGACUGUGCUCCGGCAGUUCUACAGCCACCAUGAGAAGGACACUCGCUGCCUGGGUGCGACUGCACAGCAGUUCCACAGGCACAAGCAGCUGAUCCGAUUCCUGAAACGGCUCGACAGGAACCUCUGGGGCCUGGCGGGCUUGGUAAGCUGCACUGUAUUCCUGGCAAGCUGGCCGCGUGGCUCCUGGUGGACAGCAGCCUCACUUCUAAACACUCCUCCUUAGGAGCUGCAGCACC